AUGGGAAUUCCUGGUCUCUGGGCCGAGCUGGCUCCCGCAGCCGAAACAACAACACUACACUCGUACCUCCUCACCAGCUUUGUCCAAAAUCGCAACGAACUUCGGGGACUUCGGCUGGGUAUCGACGCCUCGCUAUGGCUGUUUCAUGCGCUUCAGAGCUCUGGCGGUGCCAAUCCGCAUCUCAGGCUUUUGUUCUACCGACUUGCUAAGCUGCUUAGUUUGCCUGUACUACCCGUCUUCGUUUUUGAUGGACCCAAGAGACCGACCUGGAAGCGAGGUAAGCUGGUCAGCGGCAGACAACAAGUGAUUGAGGAGCCUUUCUCAUACCUCAUUGAAGCAUUUGGAUACCAGUGGCAUCGCGCACCAGGCGAGGCCGAAGCCGAGCUGGCUUAUCUCAACCAAGUGAACCUCAUCGAUGCUGUGUUGACGGACGAUUCUGACGCACUGCUCUUUGGUGCACAUGUCGUGAUUCGCAACUGGGGCAAGAAUCUCUCAGGCACCAUGGCUUUCAGUAGGACCACGUCCACAAGUGGCGACAUGUUUGACCAGGCUGCGGCUUCAACUCAAGACAUUACUACAGCCAGCGCUGCUUCACGGCCUCAGCUUUCCGGACAGGACGGCAAUCAUCUCAUAACGCUGUACAAUACGCUCGAGCUUUCCAACCGCUAUUACAUGGGCCUUGACCGUGACGCUCUCAUAUUAAUUGGUCUCAUGUCUGGCGGCGACUACGACACGACUGGCUUACUUCAGUGCGGAAUUAAGAUCGCUGUUGCCCUUGCCCGCUCCGGGUUCGGUUACAGCUUGAACAGAGCUUUCAAAGCAUCCUACACCAGUCAAGAAUCCGCCUCGCAUACUUGCCCCAAGUUCGAACGAUUCCUCAAGACUUGGCGGGAAAACGUGCGCGAAGAACUGCGCACCAACAAGAUAGGGUUCCUCCCCUCAAAAAGACCCAAGCUCGCAUCAACCAUUCCCAACAACUUUCUGUCCACGCCCGAAUCUCGCAAAGUGCUGGCGUACUAUCUUUAUCCGCUGACGUCUCAGAGCAACAAGCAGUUUGAUCCUAGUUUUUUUUAUUUCAAGGGUGGGAUGGCCGAGCCUGAUUUGAAGAGGCUUGCGCGAUUGACCCAAAUCUACUUUAAGUGGUCCAAGGAAGCUAUUCUGUCCAAGUUUCGUACGAUUUUGGGGCCGGGCGUGGUAGUGCGUAGACUGCGACAGGAGUCGCUCGAGAUUACUGCUUGGACAGAAGAGCAAGUUAUGAGUUGGAGGGUGCGUCAACAGUUCAUAUUCAUCGACGUUGCUUCUGUGGCAAGAAGAGUUUCAGUCUCUACGACGCAACAGAAGAGCCGAGCGCUACACGAUAGCCCCAACGCAACACGUAUAACUGAUUUCUUCGCUAAGGCUGCCAUUGCCACCAGGCCCUGUGCAGGGACCGCGGAAACUGUAGACCACUUGGAAACUUCUCUGUCAUCGCUGCCAGCGUUUAGAUCAUCUGUCAAAAUCCUCGCCAUCAAAAUGCAGCGCAGACACGCCGCUCUCGAUCCAUUCCGCGACUUUCGCGUGCUGGUCCCCAUGGAGGAGUUCGCCGAACUAGCACAGCUAGGCAUUGACGACGCUUUGGAUACAAGACUGGCAUCUGAGCGAAUGCAAGGCAACGAGUCUGACACAGACCGAUUAGGAGACCAGCAAGAAGACACGCGAACAAGGCCCAAAUCAGGAAUGGCCGGUAAGAGGCCCGAUCCGGGGUCGCCGCUGCUCAUGUGGAUUGCAGAACCGCUGCUGGAGUUGAGUACAAGUGGAGCUGGUCCGCUCCACGAAUUUCUAGAUGAGGUGGAAAAGAAAGCUGCUGCGGCACAAGCAAAGGAGCUCAGGAAGAAAGCUGCGACCGAGGCUAGAAGCAAGGCGAAUCAGACGACGUUGUCGCCAUUCAUCGAGUCGAGCGUCAAACCGUCGUUGAGAAAUCAGGUAAAAGCGACGCCGAAGGGCCCUCAGUCAAGUGACACCUCCUCGAAACGAUCGAGUCUAGUGCAAGAGUCGACAAGCGGCGCGGUGGAAGCGCCCCACACGCCGAGACAGCUCAGAGUGCCAAGUGGGAUGCAGAGAAGUUUGAGGCGGACCGAAUCCGUUCCCGUACCCAUCGCCACUACCGAUCAGACGAGCGCGGGCUUUGCAGCACCAGCACCAUGCAGGGGUCGGGGUCAAAGUAGACACAUCUCUCUGCCUGAUGCCACAUCCGCGCUCAUGCGCUCCUCCGAUGCCGAUGGCGAAGAGGCGGAUUCAAGCAUUGAAUUUCUCGGAGCCGUGGUCUCCGAUCGCCUUGCUAGCGGUGGAGCGGGGCACAGCCGGGCCGCAACACCACCACGUUCCACCUCGAAUGGUAGCGAGGAGCAGAGACGACCGAACAAAUCGCCUCGAAAGCUUCUCACACCUGCACCACAUCGCACCACGACUUCAAGAUCAACUCCAAGUCAACGUGCGCUCGCGGAACCUGUAAUCAUCGACUCCGAAGAUUCCGACUGCGACGACCAUGACGCAGAGCUUCUGAACGCCGCAGUCAAGCCGUUCAGCACACGUUUAGCUGAAUCCAUGGCACAAUGA